UAUAAAAUUCACCAAUUUUAUGCUGUAAAAAAGGAACUGCCGACAUUAAACAAAUUACUUGCAGUGAUGAAACAAGACAUUAAUUUUCAGGAAAGUCGUACCACAUUGCAAAAAAAAAGGAUUUAAAUACAAACGGUGCCAGUCCAAAAGAAAAAUAUUAAUGGAGCGCUCUGACAUAAUUGCUUGGCGCGCUAAAUAUAUAGAAAAAAUGCGCAAGAAUCGAACCACCGAAAAAAGACCCGUCGUUUUCUUAGAUGAGACUUAUAUCCACAGCACAUACCAUUCUAAAAGUUGUUGGCAAAGCGAGGAAGAUCCAGGACUUUUCACUUCAGAUCCUGUUGGGAGUAGAUGGAUAAUUGCACAUGCUGGUACAGAAAAUGGUUUUAUUAGUAAUGCUUUACUUAUUUUUAAAUCUCAAUCAAAUUCUUCUGAUUACCAUGAUGACAUGAAUUCAACCAAUUUCCUCAAGUGGAUGAAUGAAAAAUUAAUUCCAAAUUUGCCAGCAAGGUCUCUUGUGGUUAUGGAUAAUGCUCCAUACCACUGUACCCAAAUAAAUAAAGCUCCAACCAUGUCAACUUUAAAAGAUGAAAUGCGUAAGUGGUUGCGAGAAAGAGGUAUUUAGUUUGAAGAAAGCUGGACAAAAUCCGUAUUAUAUAAACUUAUAAAACAAAAUAAAGGACCGCCUACUUAUGCUGUAAAUGAACUUUUAAAAAGUCACAAUCACGAAGUUUUAAAACUUCCACCGUAUCAUUGCGAUCUAAACCCAAUUGAAAAGAUAUGGAGCCUUGUUAAAAGACGUGUGGCAGAGAAAAUUUUGGGACAAAACCCAAAAAACAUUGUGAAACUUACAGAAGAUGCGUUUGCAAGGGUAACAUCAGAAGAUUAGGCUAUUCAAUGUAAGCAUGUGGAGCAUCUAGAAGAUGAAUAUUUUAAAAACGACGCUCUGAUAGACGAAAAAAUGGACCGAUUUAUAAUAUUUGCAGCAAGUGAUAGCGAAACAGAAUCUGAUAAUGAUAGUGAUAUGAAUGUAUAUGAUCCGAAUAGUCCUUGCAGUAUGUCUGGAAUAACCCCAAUAGAUGACCAUAAUUAUAUAAUUAAAA